AUGGCAAAAUCGGUUUUACUCGCCGUGUUUCUUCUUUGCUUGGCUGCCAAUACUUUCAGUUUGUCAAUUCAAGAAUGUCGACCUGGCUACCGUUGUCGUGCACGAGCCUCCAAAGGAAUGCUUCGUUCACUAGUUCCCCAAAACGCUGACAUGUGGGAAGAAGAACUCUGUCCACCAGGAACAUAUAGCGAAGGAGGAGCUACAGAAUGUACACCAUGUGCGAAAGGUACAUUUGCUCCAGCACCAGGAUCAGCAAUGUGCUAUGAUUGUCCAAAAGCACAUAUGUGUCCCAGCACAACUGAAGAUGCUGAACGCUGCCCACAAGGUACAUUCAACAAUGCUACACGUCAAACGUGUUGUCGGGUUUGUCCACCUGGUACACAGGCUCGAUAUAUUGGCAUGCUUGAAUGUAGCCCUUGUCCAGCUGGAUAUGCAUGUAAACAACGGGAAAGAUUGGCUUGCGAAACUCAAGAAGAACCUCUUCCAUUUUUUGGAGUUCAACUGAAUUUCGAUCCUUCAUCAUUAUCUGCUAAAUGGAGCAACUGUUACACUGAAUCUUAUUCACACUCUAUGAAUUCGACGACCCUUGAAAGUAUUUUGAACAGAUGCAACGGGAGAAAAUUGCUCCUUGCUUGUCGACGAGUUGGAACGGCAAAUUUAGCUGUCGCUGCUGCUGGAAAUCGAGAAGACGUUCUUUUCAAUUGUGAAAAAGCCAUCAAUUGUACGCAUGCAGCUAAUGGAGCUAAUUGGUAUUACUCCAGUUCAUAUUCUUGGGGCUUUGCAAAAAUUGGGGAUUCAGUUGCACGGGGAUCUUGUGAUACAGAAUCACCAAAUGGUAGUCAUCGAUUAUGUUGGCAUACUUCUCCUGGUGAUGGAGGAUAUCGAUGUGGGACUGUUCAAAGUUUGAAUACGAAUUCUGCAUGGGAAAAAGUGAUCUACCACACCGCUUGA